GUCGAACCAUGCGAUCGUGAUGUAUUGGAACGUGAUUUGUGUUUUGUUGGUCGGAUUGUGGGUGGAAAGCAGUGAAAGCGCCAAAGACAAGGUGCAUAUCAGUAUCAAAGUACCGAAUUUGGUGCACAAGCACACGCACACCAAUUAUGUCUACUUGCACGAUAAGAAGGAACCAAAGAAGAUGCACCAUCACAAGGACCACAAAGGCAAGGCCAAGUACCAGUUUGGGCCGUUUAAUUAUCAGCCGUUUUUCCAUGAUGGGUACUCCAAAGCCAAAUCCUGGAAAACUCUCCGGAGUGAGAAGUACGAGACUGAAACGGUCGAUAAUCCACACAGUGAUUAUCCAGGGAACAAGUACAUUGUCAAAAGUAGUUACAAAGUGAGGGAAAAAUUACCAUUUGAGGACACUACGAUUGGGUACGACCGGGAAUUCUUGUACCCAUCAGCUGACAUCGAGAGUGAUUAUCACAAAAACGAGAAACUUGUAGAUUAUGAGAACCAAAAGCACGACCCUUUUCCUAAAUCAGGAGAGAAGAAGAAAGUACCAAAGGAGUACUACUAUGUCUACAAAGGACCAACUCCUGAGUACGACUACUACAAAAACGAUAAGGACUUUUUCCCACUUGAACACAUUCAAGAAUUCGAAAAAGAUAAACCGGAAGAGAAAAAAAAGCCGAAAGAAAUUGAGUACUCCUAUAAAGUACCAUCGUCCGAUUAUGACUUCCAUAAAAGUGUCCAUCUUGUCGACUAUUACUUGAAAAAGAACAAUAAUAAUCCUGAUUUCUCAUCUGCUCCUUUACAGGAAGAACCCAAAAAUACGUACAAUGACGUCGAUUACGAGGUUGCAAAAAAUGAGAAUGAUCAUGACCAUUUUAACCCUUCCAUAGAGUAUGAGUUUGAAAAAUACAAGACUGAUCCUGAGUACGACCAUUUGGAUGAAUAUGGAGAUUAUACGAACGUUAAAGAAAAAAAGGUGCCUUCCAAAAGUUGAUUUUUAGGUCAACAAUGGACGAAAGUAGUGCUUUUACUCACUAGGUCAGAAACAGCGCUUUUGUCACAUUUUAGACAAUUUCUUCACACAGAUGAAGACUUUUUUCAAACAACGGCUUUCUCCAUCUUUUAGGUAUCAGGAAGCUUCUGUUAUUUUCAGUUUGUCUUCAAGAAUAUUAUUUUUUCUCUCACUGGAGUAGAAAGAGUUUCUUUCUUCUUCCUAUAAUAUUUCUUAAAGCUUGAACAAAAAAGCUUUUUUACUUCUUGAACAGUUGUUCUAUUCGAUUCUUUUAUUUUUUUCUAGAACAGAAGAAGGAUACUGUUUCAUCUUCUGCUUAAACCAAAGACGAAAAAAAUUAUAAUUUCUAUAACUUGCACGAAGAAAAAAAAAUGAUUUUUAGAGUUUAUCGUCAAAUUUAAAAAAAAAAUUGCUCUGUAACUUUAGUAACAAAAUUUCCUUUUUUACUAGAGUAGAAAAACGUACUUCCGGCAUAUUUUAAAUGAGUUUUUUUGGUUUACAGGUAAGUAGUUUUUUGUUCUAUAAAUGAAGAAAACAUGUUAUCGACAACUAAUUCCAAUUUGAAAGUUUUUUUUAGUGUUGAAAGCGUUUUGUUUGCUCACAUUUUAAACAAGUUUUUUAGAUUCUUAGUUAAGUAGUUACAAAAUUGAUUAUUUUUCUUACUUAGAGAAAUAAAAUCAAUUUUUUAAGCUUUUGCUUAAAUAAAUAGUGAUUUACUGAGGAAAAAGUAACAGCUUUCUGACCUAAAAGGGGAAAGUAUUUUGACUUUAUUAUUUAUAACAAUUGUUAUAACAAAAGUUUUUUUUGUUAAUUGUGAUUGUAAAAAUAUUUCAAUUUGUUUUUUUGUGUUGUUUUUCACUGUGGGGGGAAAGUGUCUAUUUUCGCCAUCGAAAUAAGUAGUACCAUAGUACUUUUUUAACCUUGUGAAAUAAUCUUGUUGUAUUUAUUUUCUUUUUUACUUGUUCUUGUUGUAAAUAUAAACCAUUUUGAAGCAAUAAACGUGUUAUUUUUUUCGAGA